AUGGAGCAGAAUUCAGCAUCUAAUCUAUGCAAGCUAAGAAAUGCAUAUGAUAAUGAUUUAACGAUUAUACCUGAAAUGGUCGAUUCAGCAUUAGCACAUUUUUUCAUGGAACAGUUAUGGAAACCGAUGAGUUUGGAAAUACGCAUUGUUCCGGAAAUUCAAAAUCGCCGUAAUGUGACGCUUAUCAUAGGAGACAAGGAGUCUAUGCACAUUGAAGAAAAUAAGUAUUUACAACCAUGUGUAUGUAAGCGUCAGUUAGAAGAAGAAAUUCAAAAACUUCGAUUACAUGUGGCUUUCAAUGAAAUACGAAAGCGAUGGCAUCAGGUAUAUCCGGGAGACAAAGCUACGACGAAAUUGCCUUACAAACAUGACCUAUACAUACCUCGAACCGAUAGUAGUACAUCAACCGCUAAACCGAUAGCUACCGACAGAAGUGCGUCAUUCAAUCGGCAGAAUAACGUCCACGCUAUUCGAUCCAGCUAUUCCAGAUCUCGUCAAUCUUACUCAUUCUAA